CGAGCGAUUAGUGAACUUCAUUUUAUUUACCUUUUAGGGUCAAUAUUUCUUGUUAAACAUACAUGCGACGAAAUUUGUUUUUGGCUUCAAAAAUUAUGUCUAGUAAGGGUUCAUGGAGUGACCAGCCCGACGAUGUGAUUAAAAAAGCAGUAAUGGACAAGAAACUACCGUUUUAUGCUCUUGAACAGGCCGUCACACCGGACUACGAAAGAGCAAUUGCUAUUCGUCGCGAGAUUGUGAAGGAGAAAAUGUGCCCCUCGUCGUCAUCCCCACAUCUACUUGAAAAGGUGCCUUUCAAGGACUACGAAUGGCCACGAGUGGUGGGCCAAUGCUGCGAGAACAUCCUCGGCUACGUGCCGAUUCCUUUGGGCAUGGCCGGACCCCUCUUGCUUGACGGUAAAGAGGUGUGUCUGCCUAUGGCCACUACUGAAGGUGCACUCAUUGCGAGCACCCAUCGCGGCGCGCGUGCCAUAAGCGAAAGCGGGGGUUGCACCACAUUUCUUCUCAAAGAGGGAAUGACCCGCGCCCCGGUUGUGGAGGUGGACAGCUUGGAGGAUGCCGCGCGAGUGUACAGCUUUUGUGAGGAGAAGUUUGAUGUUCUGAAGGCGGCUUUUGAGUCGACUACUCGCUUCGGCAAGCUGAAAAGUGUGAAAUGCGCUAUUGCAGGUCACAAAGUGCAUCUGCGCUUCACUGCUUUCACUGGUGACGCAAUGGGAAUGAACAUGAUCACCAAGGGCUGUGAUAAGGCGCUGGAGGUAUUGAAGGAGCACAUUCCGUCCCUGCGCGUGCUCGCACUUUCUGGAAACUUUUGCACCGACAAGAAGCCAUCCGCUGUCAACUGGAUCGAGGGUCGCGGUAAGACAGUGGUUGCAGAAGCUAUCAUUAAGGCUGAAACUAUGGAAAGGAUACUGAAAUGUACGGUUGAUGGUAUUUUGAAGCUGAAUGUAGACAAAAAUCUCACCGGAUCCGCCCUUGCGGGGUCCAUCGGGGGCUUUAACGCUCACGCUGCCAAUGUGGUAGCUGCCAUUUUUAUUGCCACCGGGCAGGACCCAGCGCAGGUGGUGGAGUCUUCAACCUGCCUCACCUCGAUGGAUAAGGUGGGCGAGGACCUCCUCAUCAGUGUUUCCAUGCCGAGUAUCGAGGUCGGCACCGUCGGGGGCGGCACCGGGCUGGCGACUCAGAACGCCCUGUUAGAGAUGGUAGGUUGUGCAGGAGCCAAUCAGGCGGAGCCGGGUGCGAACUCCCGCCAACUAUCCCGCGUUAUCGCUGGCGCUGUGCUGUGUGGGGAGCUUUCCCUGAUGUCUGGUCUUGUGGCGGGGCAUCUUCUCAGCGCACACAUGAAGUUGAACCGUAAGCCCACACAAUAA